AUGGCGUCCAAGGCCGCAGUGAGGCCCUUGGCUGCCGUCAGUGCCUCCAUUGGCCUGAAGCAGGGAGCACGGCGAGGUCUUGCGACAGCGCGGCCAGCCCAGUCGCCCUUCCAACAAGCGUUGAGAGCCGGCAACAAGUUCGACAAGCAGCAACUGCGUACGGGCUUCCGCAGAGGAUACGCGGACCAGCUGCCAAACACCAAGCAGGUCAAGAAGGGCUCGUGGAGGGUGCUGAGGUGGACAUGGCGCAUUACAUACCUUUCGACGCUGGGCCUUCUGGCAUACACUGCAUAUGGCAUAUGGGAUAGCCGGAAUCCUGCAGAGCAGCAAGAACCGGAUCCAAACAAGAAAACUCUCGUCGUCCUUGGCACUGGCUGGGGAUCUGUUUCCCUGCUAAAGAACCUGGACACCGAAAACUACAACGUCGUCGUCGUCUCGCCUCGCAACUACUUCCUCUUCACGCCUCUUCUGCCAUCAUGUACCACCGGAACGAUCGAGCACCGCUCCAUCAUGGAGCCGAUCCGCAACUUCCUCCGCCACAAGAAAGCAUCCGUCAAGUACUACGAAGCCGAAGCCACCAAGAUCGACUACGAGAAGAAGAUCGUCUACAUCAGCGACGACUCUGAGAUCAAGGGCGCUCUGUCACAGAAUGAGAUUCCAUUCGAUAUGCUGGUCGUCGGUGUAGGUGCUGAGAAUGCGACAUUCGGUAUCCCAGGUGUGCGCGAGCACGGCUGUUUCUUGAAAGAGGUUGGUGAUGCUCAGCGAAUCAGGAAGCGAAUCAUGGACUGCUGCGAAACUGCUACAUUCAAGGAUCAAUCGAUUGAGGAGAAGAAGCGUCUGCUGCACAUGGUGGUCGUCGGUGGUGGUCCUACUGGUGUUGAGUUCGCUGGCGAGCUUCAAGAUUUCUUCGAGAAUGACCUGAAGAAAUGGAUCCCUGAAAUCGCUGGAGACUUCCACGUCACUCUCGUCGAAGCGCUGCCAUCCGUCCUGCCGUCAUUCAGCAAGAACUUGAUCGACUACACCGAGAAGACUUUCAAGGAAGAGACGAUCGACAUCCGAACAAAGACUAUGGUCAAGAAUGUCACAUCUGAGUACAUCGAGGCGGAGUUCACUGGUCCAGACGGCAAGAAGCAGGUCGAGAAGAUCCCAUAUGGUCUCCUUGUGUGGGCUACUGGCAACGCUGUGCGCCCCGUGGUCAAGGACUUGAUGAACCAAAUUCCAGCUCAAAAGGAUGCCCGACGUGGUUUGAACGUCAAUGAGUACCUCGUUGUGAAGGGUGCCGAGAACAUCUGGGCUGUAGGAGACUGUGCUGUUGCGAACUAUGCCCCUACUGCCCAAGUUGCUAGCCAGGAAGGUUCUUUCCUCGCGAGGCUGUUCAACCAGAUGGCUAAGACUGAGGAAAUUGAAGGCCAGCUUGCUGUUUUGUCCGAAGAGCAGGCCAAGGCUGCUAACAAGGAGGCCAGAGAUCACGUCUUCGGCGAGAUCAAGGAUCUGCAGAAGAGGCUACGUCGCGUGAAGCAGAUGGGUCCAUUCGAGUACUCCCACCAAGGCUCGAUGGCAUAUAUCGGCAGCGAGAAGGCUGUUGCUGAUAUCAGCUGGUUGACUGGAAACCUGGCCAGCGGUGGCCAGCUGACCUACUUCUUCUGGAAGUCGGCAUACUUGAGCAUGUGCUUCAGCACACGCAACCGUGUCCUCGUCUUCAUGGACUGGAUCAAGUCCUACUGCUUCGGCCGUGACGUCUCACGGGAGUAG